UAACAUAAUACAAUAAUUACAUUUCCCAGAUUCAAAUAAGGAUUAAGGACGUGGUCAAUAGCGGGGUCGACAUAUUCCCUUCAUCUAUACACAGCUUGCAACCCUCUGCUAUAAAUAUGGGAAACAUGGGGUUCUCACUCAAACUUCGGUAUUGUUGUCUAGUGUCUGUCAUGAUGCUAUUACCUGCACUGUGUUACUCUGACAAUUUCGACAAGUCAAGAGCAACUUACUAUAGCCGUCCUGACGGCUUAGGCACUCCAAGUGGGGCUUGCGGGUUUGGAGAAUAUGGAAGAAAUAUCUCUGAUGGUAAUGUAGCUGGGGUUUACAGGCUCUACAACAAUGGAAUUGGCUGCGGUGCUUGCUAUCAGGUUAGGUGCACAACAAGCCCUCAAAUCUGUACUGAUAAAGGGGUGAACAUAGUGGUGACUGACUAUGGCCAAGGCGACAACACCGAUUUCAUCCUCAGUCACCACGCAUUUGAAGCGAUGGCACAACCAGGCACCGCGGAUCGUCUGUUUGCUUACGGAGUUGUUGAUGUGGAAUACCAAAGAGUUCCCUGUCAGUACGUUGGUCAUAAGAUCCAGGUUAAGGUUCAUGAAUAUAGCAGAAACCCAGAUUACUUGGCCAUUAUAAUGCUGUACCAAGCUGGUAAAAGUGAUAUCGUAUCCGUUGAUAUUUGGCAGCAGGGAAAAUGGGUAGAAAUGAGAAGGUCGUUUGGGGCAGUUUUCAACAUGUCAAAUCCACCAUUGGGAGCCAUCAGUUUGAGGUUCAAUGUGCAGGACAGCACCGGCAGCAAAUGGGCGGUGGAGGCACCGGAUGUUAUUCCUCCUAAUUGGAAAGCUGGAGUUGCUUAUGAUACCAAUAUUCAGCUUUAGUAAACUGCGUCACAAUUCCCAGCUAUUGUUGCUAUGUUAAUGUUGUUAAGUCAGUAAGUUGUUUGUUUAUUAUAUAUUUUUUUAUUAAAAAAAGUGUGUAUUAGUUUCUAAUAAGACAGCAAAGUGCUCAAACUUGGCUUUGUGCUCAAUAAACAUGAAAAGUUGGGUAUGUCUAGUUUUGCCUGAUGUUUGUGGGAAAUCAAUAAAGUUGUUCUUGGAAAGAGAUUUUCCUUA